CCAUCAUCAAGCAGAGAAGCUUUCUAGAGAGAGAAGCUAAGACUGAGUUUUUUAGAGAGAGAGAGGCGGGUUUUAGAGAGAGAAGGAAAUGGGGGGCGAGGUGAUUCUGCUGGAUGUGUGGUCAAGCCCUUUUGGGGUGAGAGUGAGGAUUGCUCUUGCAGAGAAAGGAGUGAAAUAUGAGUACAGAGAGGAGGUCCUGGACAAUAAGAGUGAGUUAUUGUUGAAGAGUAACCCUGUUCACAAGAAGAUCCCUGUGCUCAUUCAUGGCGAUAAGUGUGUAUCAGAGUCUCUGAUAAUUGUUCAAUACGUUGAUGAGGUGUGGAAGAACUCGCCAUUGUUGCCUGAGGACCCGUACGAGCGAGCUGUUGCAAGGUUCUGGGCUGAUUUUGUUGACAAGAAGGUGUACGAGAGUGCGACCCGGAUUUGGACACGCAAGGGCGACGCCCCGGCCGAAGCCGCGAAAGACUUCAUCGAAAGCCUCAAAAUCUUGGAGAGCAGCUUGGGAGACAAGUCCUUCUUUGGAGGGGAGAAAUUAGGGUUUGUGGACGUUGCCUUGGUGCCAUUUGUUGACUGGUUCCACGCCUAUGAGGUCCAUGGUGGGUUCAGUGUUGCAGCCGAGUGCCCCAAAAUUGAUGCCUGGGCCAAGCGUUGCAAGGAGAAGGAGAGUGUUUCCAUGGCUUCACAGGACCCUGAGAAGAUUUUGAUGGUUGUUGAGCGUCUCAAGAAGAAAUUUGGGUAUGUGUAGAGAGAGAAAGUGGCGUUUCCCAUGUAGAGAGAGAGAUGGGUUCUCUUCUCUUGAUGAGUUUGGAGUAGAGGGUGGAAUGGAGCGCAUUUGUGUAUCUGGUUUUGGGUUGAAUGAGGAGGUGUGGUGUGGUGUCUUGUCUUGCCUUUUGUGGUUGUUUGGGAGUUGUUUUUGGUAAUAAAAACCACCACGAUCGAUCUUGGCCUCUUUUCUUUAAAA